AUGACGUCUACAUCCGCUCAGAAUCAGCAUCCUCCGUCAACUUCGGCCGCCGAAUUCUCUCAAAACCAAACGGCUCCAUCUACCGGAAUCGAUCCUAAUUCGAACCUCGCGACAAGCGGAUACGCGCCAAACGAGAACCAACUUGCCGGACUCGUCGAAGCAGCCACCGCGGCAGCUGGCCAGGAUGUCUCCGAGUGGGCGGCCGCGGCCGCAGUCGCUGCAGCGGCAGGCGCAACAGGACACCAACACCAUCUAGAUGGAUAUGGACCCGAUAUACAUAUCGACGACGAAGGCUUUGGCGAUUCAGGUUUCGGGACGAGUAUGGGCAAUGGAAGGCAUUUGCGAGUGCCGGGGUCGGGUGCCCCGAACGACCAGGGCCAGUCCUCUGGCUUGUCCAGGAGUGUGUCAAAGAAGAGGAAAAGAGGCGACGAUCCGCUAGAUCCGGCAUUAGCAGCAUCCGGGGGUGGAAUUGGUCAUUCGGGAGGCCACGGCCAGCAGUCGCAUCACCAUCACUCUCAUAGCUACGGUGGAGAUGGUUUGGAUAUUCGAGCUGCGCCGCCGCAGUCGCUGUCCGAUGCCCGCGCUGUCGGUCUGCAUUCCGCCGCGGCUCUGUUCCGCCAGCCAUCCAGCAAUAAAAAGUAUACGCGUCCACCAAUGUCCAAACUUUUCACGUCCUUAGAACUCUCGCCCGAGAACUUCCUACAUCUCCAAGCUGCAGCCAAGGGAUACAUGCUCGAUGAUGCGCACCCAGAGCGCCGGGAAUGCGUCGGUCAGCGUGGAAAGGGCGACACGGAGAUGGUGAAGCUGAGGCUUUGGAAUUGCGUGCGCCAUUUCUUGGAGGCCGAAGGCCACGGCGAGCGAUUCUUUGGCGAGAAUGUGGCCAACGAGGACAUGGGCCCGAGGACCUACAUUUGGCCCCGCGACCAACAGAAGAUUAUUUCGCUGGUCAUCCCCCUGCUGAGGCGAAUGGUCACCAAUGAACGGCAACGGCAAUAUGCCGUCGAAACGCGAAAAGGUGGAACGGAGGAGCGCCGACGACGGAAGACGGAGGAAAGCCUUCAGAAUUUCAACAGCGCCAGUCCUCCCAGAUUCCCUGUGGAAGAGCAGUUGCAAAUGCAUGCGCAACCAAAUCUCCCCGAAGGAUACACAUCCACACAAGCCCCAAUGUCGGGAACGCAAACGAUGCCAUCCACCUCACAACAAUUAGACAUGGGGUUGACGGAUCUGUUCCUGGAUGGCUACACGACAGACUGGAAUGAAAUUGCCAAGUCAUAUGACUUGUACAAUCAAAAUUAUGAACUGGACAAUCUGUGGUAUCUUUCAGGCCUUCAGCAGCCAGAUUGGCGCGGACUAGUGGCUGCUGUUGACAGUCACUAUCAAAUCAUCCACAACGGUGACUAUGACUGUCCAACGCCCUGUGAGGAUGAGAACGUUUGUCGUAUACUAGAGGCAGAUACCACAUCUGACUUGCGGUGGCGAAUUGGUGGCUCUCAUAAUCGGCCCGCCAGAAAUGAAUUUGCAAGCAGCAUUACGCGAGAUGUCUCGCGCAUAAUUCGCGACAGCCUAGCUGGCAAGCAACCGGAACAUUCGUCUGGUGACGAUCAAGCUCAGUCUCAACCCUUCCCGCCCCUUAGCUUCCCUCACAUGGCAAACAACGAGCCCUCUGGAACGGCCGGUACUCAACCUCCCCUUUCUCUUCGGAUCAAUAUCCUGCAAGGAGGGAAGCGUAUUCUUCCCCGGUUCGACUUACCCGCGGGCCAGACCCGAGAUCUCGAGACCCUCAAACAACUCAUCACUCGUCGCUUCCCUGGACAAUUACCAGGCCUUCCCUCCGAAUCGGCCUUAGAUCCCACCACAGGCAACUGGAACUCCUCUGUCCAGUGGAAGUUCAAGGUCUGGCUUCCUGGCGGACUCACUCCCGUGCAAAACGAUGGUGAAUGGACCAUUGCUCUCCUGUCCGCUGGCAACGUCGACUGGAUGGACGGGGAUUUACGAGUCCUUGUCGAACUAGAGGGUGUCUAA